UGUUGUUCUGCUGCUGCGUUCUUCCGUCACGUGCAGCUCAACCUUUUUUUAUAUAUUAUAGCCAUUUAUGUUUAGUUAAUUCCACAUAUUUCUAGCACCGGUAACAGAAGCGUUUAAGGGCCGCAAUGUCGCUGUAUGAUGACCUCGGUGUGGCUACCAGCGACACCAAGACCGAAGGCUGGUCUAAAAACUUCAAGCUGCUGCAGUCCCAGCUGAAGGUGAAGAAGGCAGCUUUGACCCAGGCAAAGACCCAGCGGAUGAAGCAGACCACUGUCUUAGCUCCUGUCAUUGAUCUAAAGAGAGGAGGCUCCAGUGAUGAGCGACAGAUCACAGACACUCCCCCACAUGCUGCUGCUGGACUCAAGGAUGUGAUACCCAGUGGUUUUUCGUCUAGCGAUGUGCUCAUCCCGCUAGCAGACGAGUACGAUCCAAUGUUCCCCAAUGACUAUGAGAAGGUGGUGAAGCGACACAGGGAGGAACGACAACGGCAGAGGGAGCAGGAGCGGCAGAAGGAGAUUGAGGAGAGAGAAAAGAAAAGGAAAGACCGACUCGAUGGUGGAGCUCCGAGUGGUUUCUCUCGUUUCCCAGCAACAGAGGACGACUCGGAUGAGGAGGAGGAGGAGUACGAAAAAGAGCGGAGGAAAAGAAGUAUGGGUGGAGCAGCCAUUGCUCCUCCUUCAUCACUCGUGGACAGAGAUGGCUCCUCCUCAUAUUCCUAUGAGGAUGAAGGUCGACCUGCUAGAGGCUCAAAGGCUGCCAUCCCUCCACCCUUGUAUGAGGACUCAGACCGGCCACGUUCACCACCUGGACCAACCAGCUCCUUCUUGGCCAAUAUGGGAGGUACUGUGGCCCAUAAGAUCAUGCAGAAGUAUGGUUUCAAAGAAGGCCAGGGCCUGGGGAAGCAUGAGCAGGGCCUCAGCACUGCACUGUCUGUGGAGAAGACCAGCAAGAGAGGUGGAAAGAUUAUUAUAGGUGACGCUGCAGAAAAACCAGGGUCCAGCCAGUCAGGUGCUGCUGAGACUUCAGGCGGAGGCUCUACAGCUGACCCCCCUAAGAAGACAGAGGCAAAUCCACUCACCGAGAUCCUCAAAAACCCAACCAAAGUGGUCCUACUGAGGAAUAUGGUGGGCCGAGGCGAGGUGGAUGAAGAUCUGGAGGGAGAGACUAAAGAAGAGUGCGAGAAAUAUGGCAAAGUGGUUAAAUGUGUCAUUUUUGAGAUUGCGGAUGUGCUGGAUGAUGAGGCUGUCAGGAUAUUUCUGGAGUUUGAGAGGGUGGAGUCAGCCAUCAAAGCUGUGGUGGAUCUGAAUGGACGUUAUUUUGGCGGGAGAGUUGUCAAAGCCUGUUUCUACAAUCUAGACAAAUUUCGGGUUUUAGACCUUGGUGAGCAGGUGUGACGUCGCCCUGGAUAACUUGGUGAACACCAAGAGAUGCUAUGAACCCACAUCAUCUCUCCACUUGUAUAUCAAAAUUUUUUAUAUUUCCAUAAAAGCAGUGAACUGUCUGAAUGUAGUAGUAACGACGAGAACAUCUUGUAGAUUGUUUUUUUUUUUUUCCUGUGAUGAAAAAUACUCUUGUCAAAAUAAAGAGCAUCAACUGUG